AUGCAGGACCAUGCCCCCCAGCGGCAGCGGCAGGGCCGAGCAGCCAGGACGCGGAUGGUGCGCAUCAAGGUCGUCUCGCUCGGCGACUGCGGCGUUGGCAAGUCAUGCCUCAUCAAGCGGUACUGCGAAGGUAAAUUCAUAAGCAAGUACAUCCCAACUAUCGGCGUCGACUACGGCGUCAAGCCCGUGAAGCUUGGGGAUUUUGAGGCGAGCUCACCUGGCAAACGCACGGUUCGGGUCAACCUUUGGGACAUGGCAGGGCCCGAUGACUACCUUGAGGUCCGCAACGAGUUCUACCGGGACACCCAGGGUGCGCUGCUGGUCUUCGAUGUCGGCAGCCGCGUGAGCUUUGAGGCGCUGCCGCGCUGGCUGGACGAGGCGCGCUGCUGCGGCGCGCCGCGCGACAUGGUCGUGUGCGUCGUGGGCACUAAGGCGGACGCAGCGCCCGCCAGCAGGCGUGUGCCUGAACAGGAGGCCCGAGACUGGGCGUUGGCCAGGGGGCUGCGCUACUUUGAGGUGUCAGCACUGACUGGAGCGUCCGUGGGCGCGACGUUUGCGACACUGUUCGCCCAGGUGCUUGCAAGCACCGUGAAUGUGCCGCAGGAUGCCGUUGCGCGCGCCGAAUGCGAGGCAGAGCUACUGACGGGCGGCGCGCAGUAA